AACAAUGUCGGCCAACUUUUCGCAGACCCUCUCGGUCAGCCACAAGCGCCAUACACACCCCCCAUCUCAACCAGUUCGAGUCCCGCAGCCUCGAGUGAGUAGAUGAGCUUUUACCAAUGUUGUAAUACUCAUAAAGAUACUGCAGGAUCCCGGCACGUAGCUACGCAUUACCGGCCGGGUGUGGCAGCGCCGACCUCUUGGAACACUCCUUUCCAGACAGCGGAUAUCGUUAAUCAGUACGGACAAGCAACCUUAUCCGCGCCCCUCCGCGAUCCUUCCCUGCCGCCUUUGAUGUAUUUGGAUAACUCCACGAUAUCUUCCACUCACUCCGCCCCUGUCUUCAAACCUGGAGCGCGACAGGCUAUCGCGCCGACUCCUGCCGUACUCUUCGCAGCGCAGCAUCUUCGACGACGACGACGAUCUAGAGGUAAUGUGCCGUGCGGCUAUUGCGAUAGUACACUCUCCGGAAGCUUCGAACGCAAGCGCCACCACGAGGUACACCAUGCGAUGGCUGCACAACAUUACCAUUGCACUGUGCCAGAAUGUCGCUUCAACUAUCCGAGGAUGGAUAAGUACGUCGAUCACUGGAGAGUCGUCCAUAAUCGCGACCCUCGCCGUGAAGAGAUCGCGAACAUCAACGACGGUGUCAUGAUCAACCUAGGAUACUGUUACUUCAACACCAGGAGCGAUUGGUGCCCGUGGUACACGAAGAAGCUGCAGUGUAUGAGCCUCCUACAGCGAUAAAAUCCUACAUCAGCGCCAGCACCAUCUCCCGCGUCAGCUCACACCUAUUGACGAACUCAAAACACCCCGAUACCAUGAUGGAAACACACACCUAUCAUAAUGCUGCUUGCAUCUCAUCACUUCGACAACGAGACGCUCCGACGGACUCACUACCUUGCCACGAAACAUGUG